GCUAAUUGACAAAGUAGUUGAUCGAAUACGGAAACAAUAAUAUUUUGGUGGCUCCCUGAACAACAAAUUAAAAAUGUCUUUUAUAUCAAAUGCCCUCAUUGGCAAUCCCUUUUCCACUGCAGUAGGUGGUAGAAUAGAACAAGCCACGGAUGGCACUUUGGCGUCAGAAAAUUGGGCUCUUAAUAUGGAAAUAUGUGAUCUCGUCAACGAAACCGAGGACGGCCCUAGAGAUGCAAUCAAAGCCAUUCGUAAACGACUAACUCAGAAUGCAGGAAAAAAUUAUACUGUAGUUAUGUACGCUUUGACUAUCCUAGAAACGUGUGUUAAAAAUUGUGGAAAGAGAUUUCACGUUUUAGUAUGUAACAAAGAUUUUAUCCAGGAACUGGUAAAACUGAUUGGACCAAAAAAUGAUCCACCCACAGCAGUGCAAGAAAAAGUGUUAAGUCUGAUCCAAUCGUGGGCUAGUGCUUUCCAAAAUCAACCUGAUAUGUCUGGGGUAACAGCAGUUUAUCAAGAUCUCCUUGCCAAGGGAAUAGAAUUUCCUCCUACAGAUCUCGAUUCGCUGGCUCCCAUCCAUACACCGAAAAAGAGUGUCUCCAGUACAGAAAUGCCGUUACCCACAGAAUCAGCCCCGGUCCCACCGACUCAAGUUUCGCCUAGACAUGCUCAAACUUCCCCGGGGUAUUAACACCCGAACAAAGAGCAAAAUUGCAAUCCGAACUAGACGUUAUACAGAGUAACAUGGCUGUAUUGGGUGAAAUGUUGUUCGAGCUUAAACCAGGAGAAGCACAACCUGAUGAACUUGAAUUAUUACAGGAAUUACAUGCAACUUGUCAGAGCAUGCAACAGAGACUGGUAGAAUUGAUAGGCAAAAUUUCCAACGAUGGGCUGUGUGAAGAGUUGCUCAGAAUUAACGACGAACUCAACAAUCUAUUUUUAAGAUAUAGUAGAUGGGAGAAAAAUAGAGAUGUCGGUAUUAAGCAGUCAGCUUCUGCUGUGCUGGCCAAAGCUAUACCUCCAACUACCAAACCACCAUUAGAGGCCAGCGAUAGCCUUAUAGACUUUGACGACGAUAUAUCUAAGAAUUUGAAUGGAUUAACUCUUACCCCGAAUAAGGCCGGAGGGGAUCCAUCAGCUAAUAAAAUUGAUAAAGUACCUAGUGAUGAAUUUGAUAUGUUUGCCCAAUCUAGGAAUGUUACUUACGAAAGCUCCAAGCAAAGCGGAAGUACCUAUAAAGAUAAUCUCAAUCCGGAUCAGAUUUCGGGAGGCUUGAGUACUGUAACUCAAAAGAACCAAUCCAAUCCAGAAGAUCUUGAAAUUGAUGAAAUGGCAGGUUGGCUAGGUAGAACGAGUGGCGUUGAGGAAGCAGUUACCAGUAGUGACUUCGAUAGAUUCUUGGCUGAAAGAGCAGCGGCUGCAGAGAGUUUGCCUUCAAUCGCUUGUGCAACGAAUACCAAAUCGACGAGCUCGCCCAAGGAUAAAAAAGCAGAUCAAUCGCCUGCAUAAUUUUAUAAGGUUACAUUAUAGAGUAUUAUUUCUAAAAUUACAAUGCCCCUUGACUUAAGGAUAGGUUCUUACUUGAGUGCAGAAUGUCAAAUUAUUUUUGCUGAAUAAUCUUAAGUUGAAUGAAUCAUAAAGUUGUAUUAAAUUUUGAUAAUUUUAACAAUUACUCAGACCGACAACAUACUUUUCAGAAGGUUUUUUGUGCGGCGGAUCCGAAUCUGAGCUCCAAAUUGCUAAAUUGGCUUUGGAUUCUGAGAUAUCCUAACCAAAAAGUGCAAAAUAGCGCUUUUGACCAUUUUUGAGGUCAUGUAGCAUCGUAAUAUAAUUUUCCCUCAGAAACUGUUAUAAAUUGAGGCUUAAAAUCUAAAAAUUU